AGACGCUCCUGGGCACCCCCCUCCCCCAACCGAUGAAUUUGGGUGAGCCGGUAGUGAACGGUGAAGACGCUCCUGCCCACCCAAACCCCACCACCCCUUCUAAUUUAACGACUUUCCUUCCUUUUUUCUUUCGGUUUGAUUGAUUUGAUUUAAACGACCUCACUCCCCUCCCUCCCUUCUUUUCUUUUUAUCAUCUCGCUUAUUCGACAGUGCUAUGUGUCCACUGCUAGUAAUGUACAUGUACGUGCAAUCUCAUUCCACUCAUGAUUCCCACUCCCCACCAUCGUCCACCAUCCAUCGUACUUGCUUUCCUACCCGUUGCUGCUACCUUCAUUGCGACACAUACUACAGCUGGUGCCUCACACACUCCCUCUCUACCGUUUUUUUGUUUGGUAUACUGAUACGUAGAUAAAUAGUAAUUCCUCUGCAAUCCAGUCUCAAUCUCAAUU